AUGUCACCACUCCUUCGCUACUGUCGUGAAGCAGGAGUUCGCCUGUUCGCGUGCGGUGUGCCCCCAAAGGUGCUUCGAACAGUGCAAGCGGGCGGUAUUCAAGCUCUUUCUCCGCCGGACCGCAAAAAGUACGCGCCGCCGCUCGGCGGCGGUUCGGCCGCUUAUCUGCGGCCCGACAGCACCACUGCCGUCCCUUCGUACGGAUCCGCUAGUAGCUCCGCGUUCGGCGGCGCCGCAACGGGCGGCUCGUCUGCAAUAGCUAAUGGCGGCAUCAGCAGCAUCAGCGGCGGAAACGGCGGGCUGCUGGGAAUCGAACCCAUCGCGAACGCUGCCGAACCUCUCGUCUCCCGAACCUCCUCCCGAGCCUCGUUUCCGUUCGGCCCGGGCCCGUACUGGUUCGCGCAGGCGCGUGUGGUGGAAGAUCACGCCAUGGCUGGCGCGAUCUCGCAGGCAAUGUCAGAAGGCGGGAAAAUCGGGCUUCUUGUCGUUCUCACCGGCGCGUCGCACGUGCGAUUCGGCGCCAACGGUCGCGGCGUGCCGUCGCGCGUCGCGGAGUGGCUGCGCGCGUCGCCGGCGUCGCAGGCCGUCGUGCUGCUGAACCCCGAGCGGCAGCGCGCGCGGCUCGAGUCGGACUUCCCCGAGGCGGAUUUCUUCUGGUACUCGGGCAGCUGGGCGUGCACGCGCAACUGCUUCGACCGCGCGGAGAUCGCGCGCGUGAUGGGCGCCGCGGGGCGCACCCCCGACGCGCUCCCGCGUGACCUGCAAGUCGGGAUCGAGCGCGGUUUGAUUUCCCCCGAUACGCUCCAGUCCUUUUUCGAGCUCGAGAACAACCCGCUGGUCGCGGAGGCGACGAAGCGGUUCCAGGGAUUGCGGGAGCGGUUCUACGCGGAUCCGCGAUUCCUGCAGCGGCUAUGCACGGAGGAGGCGAUUAGUAUCGCCACGUCACUCGCCGCCCAGUUCCAGAAGCGCGGGGAUCGAUUCUGGUCGGAGCUCGAAUACGUUUCCGCGGACAUUCUCCGCGGCACCGUGGUGAACUUCUUUUCGGUCUGGCUGCCCGCGCCGCGUCUCUCCUUCCGGGAUGCCGCGGGUCCGGCCGCGCAGGCGGCCGGGGGGGCAGCUGGGGAAAAACUUUUUGGCGGGCUGACCUCGUGGAUUUCCACGCUGCCCCACAACGCGUUUCAGAUGGCCGAGCCUGGGCAGAAUUUUGGCCUCGCGGAGCGAAUCGGAACGGUGGUGGUGGCGGGAACAAAACUCUUUUCGGUCGGAUUCGUUUCAAGCGUGGCGACGCUGUCGCUGACUAAUCUUCUGGCGGACAUGAAAAACAAGCUGCCUGCAAAAUCUAUUGAUCAGGCAGCCAACGGGCAGGUUACCACAGAAACGGAAACUGGAGUGGCAGGGGCGGUGGGAGGGGUGGUGGCAGGCUCGGGAACUGCUGCAGCAGCAACUGCAGGGGAAGCAGCCGCGAGUGGCAGCGGAUCUACAGUAACAAAAUCUACAGUGGCGAGAUCUCCCGUGUUCAAAACCGCACUGGUGUACGGCGCGUUCCUGUCCACAUCAGCGAAUCUGCGGUACCAGGCGAUUGCGGGGAUUGUGGAGCACUGGAUCGCGGAUUACUACCUGGCGUCCAAUCCGGCGGCGGGAACUGCUGUGUCGUUCCUCGCCCGCACUGCCAACUCCUACUGGGGCACCUCGUGGAUCACGGACCAUCUCCCUUCCUCCCUCCCGUCCCCUCCCUGCCUCCAGCCAUGA